AUGGAUGAUGGAACUCCUAGGAAGUUAAAGAUAUUACCUGAUCACUUUAGUGCACCUAGUCCCUCAACGGAAUCUGCUCAAGACGAUUCUCCAUCAUCUUCGCAGCCACGAGACGAUAUUUCUUUGAGGACUCAUAGCCAGUCACGGAUUCGCAGAAAGCUGAAAAGAGCAGCACUUAUGUUAAAUCUGUUCACUCUUCGACGUCUACCUUGGAUCUCAGAUGGUCAAGAGAAGGUAGAGCUAUCAGCAGCGGAGUUAGAAUCACUUAGAUCAGAACUUUCUGAGUUGGAAGAGAGAGAAUCUUACCUCAAAGCCCAGUUGGAACAUGUGGAUGAAGUCUUGCGCUCUGCCCGUUUGUCUGGCUAUUUGUUUAUCCGAAGUCGUUGGGCAGCUCUCCCGGGUGAACCACCUCCAAUAGACGAUGCAGAAGUAGAUGACUGGCUUCCUCGGUUUGUUGUCCUUCAAGGCCCUUGUCUUUUCUUCUAUUUAUUAUCAACAGACUUGAGCCCUCAAGAUUCGACAUUGCUAGCAGAUAUUGUUGAAGUUGGUUCGUUACCAAGCUAUACGAGAGAAUUCGAUGAAACCCAUCAUUGCUUUUACAUCUUAACCCGUCAAGGUCUAAGAUUCGAAUGCUCAAGCAGUUCUAAAACACAGGUGGAUUCGUGGUUGUCAGUAUUGCGACUUGAUUCAAAGUCUGAACCAGAAGAAAUGUUACCAAAUGGAUCAAGCGAAGAGCGAGAGUAA